CGCCCACAGGGAGGCAUCCGUGACACCACUGACAAACAAGAAGUACAUCCUGAGGUUCCCAGCACUGGAGACCCUGAUGCUGGAUGACAACAAACUAUCCAAUCCCAGUUGCUUUGCCAGCCUGGCUGGGCUCAGGAGACUGAAGAAAUUGAGCCUGGAUCAAAACAAGAUUUUCCGGAUCCCGUACCUACAACAGGUUCAGCUCCGUGAUGGAUCGGGGGACUGGGUUACAGAGGGGCCGAAUCCCCAGAAAGAGCUACAGCCCCAGACGUGGAUAUUUGAGACCCCAGAUGAGCAACCAAAUUAUACUGUACUGCCCAUGAAGAAGGACGUUGACCGCACAGAGGUUGUGUUCUCAUCUUACCCUGGAUUUUCAACCUCAGAGACAUCCAAGAUAUGUUCACUUCCUCCCAUAUUUGAGAUUCUUCCUGUGAAGUCACUGAAAGCAAGGAACCAGACAUUGGCCCCACCUUUCCCAGAGCUGAGAUACCUUAGCCUGGCCUACAACAAGAUUGCAAAGGAGGAUGCUGUCCUGCCAGCAGCUCUCUUCCCCUCUCUCUGUGAGCUUGUCUUCCACAACAACCCUCUGGUAGCACACACAAGAGGGAUCCCACCACUGCUAAAGAGUUUCCUCCAGGAGCGCCUGGGUAUCCGCUUAGUUAGAAGGAAACUGGUAAAAACUAAACAUCAUAUGUUGAUGCCUCGGAAAGAAUCACGAAAGGUGAAGACCCACAUCCCAAAGGUGCCAAAGUAUUCUCUGGUCCCCCAUAACCUGGCCAUGACCACAGACAAGCCCCCCUCAAGUCUUAUGAGGGAGACAGAGCCAGGAGCUGAGGAGCGUCCCUCCACUGAAAAACCCCCUCAUGAGGUACUGCUGGCCACAGAGGGCCCAGAAGGCCCUGCCCUAACUCACCGGACCUUUGUGCCAAUGCCUCCCAUCUGCUCCGACUCCACCGUCCACAGUGAGCCGGUGUCCCACCCGAGCGGUACAGCUGACCUCUUGAGCCCAGAUCACCCAUCUGAUGAAGACGCCAAGAGUACGGAGUCCAUCUUUCUGACCCAGGUGAAUGAGCUGCCAUCCUCCACAGUCCACAGGGAAAAGUUAGAGGGGAAGGAGAAUGAGCAAAAGAGACCAUUAACUGCACCCAGAGAGGCAAAGAAGACUCGGAGGAAGCAUUCUAUGUCCAGCAAGUACGAUGGCUAUGAGGAGCUGCUCACAGCCAAGCCUGAUCAGGCCUUUGUGGAACCAAAGGGCAUCCAGAAGAACACACAGGCCCUACAUCGCAUGCUGAAGCAGCCACUCAUCUGCCGUUCCAGCAAGCCCAGGCUGGACACUUUCCAGAAACCCUACAUCCCCAAGGAGAAGCGGGUUGGGCGGGUAACAAUCCCACCCCCACGGAAGACCCGAGCGCAGCUGCUGGAUGACAUCCUCAUUCGUAUGCGAGACCCUCGGAACGUCACCGAAGCUCCGCUGAGUAGUGUGUUGCAGCGGCGUGCACAGCAGCGCCUGGUGAACCAAAAGCAGUACCGGGAGGCCAAGCGGCUGCUCAAGGAGUUCCGCUCGCGGUACAAGAAGCUGGUGCGCAGCUCCCUGCGGACUGUGUUCACGGAAAGCCCGCCGCCCAGGCCGCCCACCCGCCGUGCGCUGAGCGCGAGCCAGCCAAAAUUCGGCCGCUUCCUCGAGUUCAUGGACGAGUUCUGUCAGGAGCCCACGGCCAGCGACUCCAAAGAGUAGAGCCGUGCACCGCCCUCCCCAGGGGCUCUGUGCCCUGGACUGUGCCCAGGCCUGAAGAGAGGGGGUUUGGGCUCCAUGUCGCUCCGUGGUCAGCAUGUGGAGCUCGGCAGGACCUCGCCUCCGCGCCCGGCCAGGCUGCACCUGGUGGCUGGCCCAGCAGCAAUAAAGAGUGGUGCA